UAUAAGGAGACAAUAGUUUUCUGUGAUGCAAAUGGCUGUUGAAGUUGUCACGAAGUACUGUCAAUUUUAUAAGCCCUAACUAGAAUCUUUUACUGGAUAAUUUUAUGCUACUAGUUUUUUCAUUUGAAAAUUGAUUAUCUCUCUGAUAUUCAAAAUAAAAAUAUGGCAGAUUCGGCAAGUGAAUCCGACUCCAGUAGCAUAGAUGGAGGCCCAAUUAUGAUGCCUCCAAGUCCUGUAACACGAGAACAAUUGCAAAAAAGGAUAGAAAGCUUACAACAACAAAAUAGAGUUUUGAAGGUGGAGCUAGAUACAUACAAGCUCCGUGUUAAAGCUCUUCAAGAGGAAAAUAAAGGCCUACGUCAAGCAUCUGUUAUUAUACAAGCCAAAGCAGAGCAGGAAGAAGAAUACAUUUCCAACACUUUGCUCAAGAAAAUUCAGGCUUUGAAAAAGGAAAAGGAAUCCUUAGCUCAUCAUUAUGAGAGAGAAGAAGAAUGCCUAACUAAUGAUCUAUCAAGAAAACUCACUCAAUUACGUCAAGAAAAAUGCAGGUUAGAACAGACUUUAGAGCAGGAACAGGAGUGCCUUGUCAAUCGUCUUAUGAGAAAGAUAGAAAAGUUAGAAGCAGAAACUCUGGCUAAACAGAGCAACUUGGAGCAGCUUAGAAGAGAAAAGGUUGAACUAGAAAACACACUGGAACAAGAACAAGAGGCCUUAGUCAACAAACUUUGGAAAAAGAUGGAUAAAUUAGAAACUGAGAAGAGAAUGCUGCAGAUCAAACUGGAUCAACCUGUUUCUGAUCCUACCAGCCCUAGGGAAAUAAACAAUGGUGAUACUGCAAGCAAUCUCACUUCGCAUAUUCAAAAUCUUCGCUCAGAGGUUUCAAGGUUGCGUCAAACUCUUACUAACAGUCAGCAAGAACAUACUCAAAAUAUGCAACGUUACGCUCAAGAAGAACGUAACAUCAAGGAGGAGAAUCUCAGAUUACAGCGAAAACUUCAGAUGGAAGUGGAUAGAAGAGAAGCUCUAUGCAGACACCUGUCUGAAAGUGAAAGUUCUCUAGAAUUGGAAGAAGAUAAGCACUUAAGCAGCGAGCAGGCUCUAGGUACAGCCCCAAUGCAGGCACCUUCCCCUCGUGAUUCGCUAGUGGUGGGUAUGUCACUAAGGUGUCAUGCAUGUGGUCAGUUGAUACCAGCUCCACUGCAUCACGGUGGCGGCGGUUCCCCUGCUUCUGCUCAUCGACGGCCUUCGGAGAGAUUUAUUAAACCUGCUAUUCCUGCACCACAGCCUGCUAGUCCUAUGGAUACGUCUGUUUCAAAAGAUUAAGUGCUACUGAAAUAAAUUACAAUGAAUGUCCUCGUAGUUCUGACCUAAAGAGACCAGAGUACGUUUUAUAGGUGCUUGCAAGAUAUGUUUAUAUUGUCUUAUUUUUAAUAUACCAUCUACUAGAACACUCUAGAAUUAGUGAUUUCUUUUGAUAUACAUCUUCUUUCUUGAGCAUGAUGUUAUUAAAACUAAAAAUAUAAAAUUCAAAAAGUUUGAAAUGAUAAAUUAUAUGUCGAUGUAAGUAUUUAGAGGUUGGUAAUUUCAGUAUUUACAACACAGAGGUUAAUUCACCAUGUUUAUCAAUAUUGUAAAGUACAGCUUAAACAUGACGUAAUCAGAUUCAGUGUGCUGAUUGUCGACUUUGAUUGUGAAACAUAUUCUUGCAUUUAUACAAGUUGUACUCCUAUUUGACGGCUCAGUCAUAUUGUAUAUAUACAAAUAUACAGAGGAAGUUGAAACUUCAUUUGAAUGCAGUUGCAGUAAGGUUAAAGUAUUCAAAAUGAUAAAUAGAUUGUGAAAUGCUAUGUCAUUAUUUAAGAAGUUUGUAUUGUACUGAUUUUCUUAUUUAAUUUAAUCAAUAUCUGUGGAUAGCUCUAAAUGAUGGUCUCUUGUACCACGGUUUCGUACAAGUGAUUGGGCUGUAAGCUUUACUAACUGAAUGUUUGCUUUUUGGUGCACUCUGGUUCUUGAGCCAAAGUCCAUUUUUUGAUAUUUAUGUAAGUAAGUAUAUUCAAGUAUUUGAACUUAUAGCUUGUGAAAUAUUCUUGAUGAGAAAAAUUAAUUAAAAAAAACAUACAAUCAGAUAAAAUAUGGAACAGGGUAUCUAUAAAUUUGGCCCUUAACAGUCAGAUUAUUUUCCAUUAAGAAACACUAAAAUCGAUGGUUAUUUAUUGAUUUUGGAAAGUCAAAAAUGUAUUUGAGGUAAAUCGCUCAUGAUAGUCUUUUAGUUUAGAAAAUCGUUUUCAUAUUUUUGUAAAAUUAUUUACAUUUUUUUAUGAUGGAAUAUGUGUGUUCAACUAACUGAAAAUUUCUCUGAAAAAAGAUGACACUUGAUUUCUAUUCACAAGCAAUUUCAAUGUUAACAUUUUGUAUGUGUUUAGAUCAAAAAGUAAAUUAUAAAACUUGUAAAUCCUUCCUAAUAAUAAAGGUUCCUUUGAAUACAUAAUUUCAAUCAUAUAAUUUCUGAUUAAUAAUCUCAAACAGGAAAUAUUUCAAUUUAGAAAUAUUAAUAGUUCUUGAAGUUCACAUUUUAACGUACUGUUCAACUUGUUGAUAUCCUUGUUUUUAAUAGGUAGUGUUAGUCUUUAAUUAUGAUUUGUUUGAAUUUUCUUUGCAACUGCAACAAAUAUAUAGUGUAUACAUGCUACAGUUCUAGAUGUUGUUUGUAUUUGAUCCAUAAAUCUGCGAUUUUCUAAGUGUUAUGACUGUUGCUAAGAUAAAGGGUGAUAUUAGGAUAAAAAAUUUUUGUUUUUUGGAAAUGUUUUUGAUCUUAGCUAGGGUUUCUUUUUUGAUUUUAAGUUGUCCUAUUCUGAUUAUAAUAAAAUCCUGUUUAUGAA